AUGAGGAUUUCUGGACCAGUUGAGAAUUUUACUGGCUGCAUAGAAGUUAUAGAAAUCAGUAACUGGGAAUCUUUCAUCCCAUCCAAGGCAGUGAAAAAAAUUCAUGUGGACAAUUGCAGAUCCCAGGAUUCUAAUCUGUCUACAGUGUCCUCUGUUGCUCCUUCUGGUGUAACAGAAGGGCUUGGCUCCCUAUGGACUUCCCUCAGCUCCCUUCUUGUAGUGCCAUCCAUGUGCCAGGAGGAUGUGUGUCACAAUGGAGGCACUUGCCAUCCUGUCUUCCUCUCCAGUGGUAUGUUCUCAUUCCACUGUGACUGUCCACUACAUUUUACUGGCCAUUUCUGUGAACAAGAUGCAAGUGUAUUUUUUCCUUCUUUCAACGGGAAUUCCUAUCUAGAACUGCCUUUUUUUUCAACCCUGGAUGAGUUGAAAUUUGUCCCAGAGAAGGAACAUAACAGAACUAUUACCAUCUACUUGACUAUAAAAACAAACACUUUGAAUGGAACUAUUCUCUACACUACACAAUCCCUGUUGGCAGCCCUCCUGUUGCUUGCAUGA